AUGCUUCUCAAAUCAGUUCUUAUAUGUUUUGCCGCUAGUCAGCUCGUCGCUGGUCACGGUGCUAUCGUUAAAGCAGUUGGUGAUCAAGGUGGCAAUGGAACUGCUCUUGGAAUUGAUGCUGGCACUCCACGUGAUGGAGCAACAAGAAAUCCUUUUCAACAAGACUCUACUCGCUUCAAGAAUGCGGCCGCUGAUCAAUGCGGUGAAACUCUUGGAGGUGGAACGAACGACCCCGCAACUCAAGUCCCUCAAAUGCUUGCUGCAAAUGGAGGACAAAUGCCACAAAUUUCGGCUGGGGGUUCGGUCAUGAUGACUCUGCACCAGGUGAAUGGCGAUGGAGCUGGUCCAUAUGACUGCAUGAUCGACAGCACAGGAACUGGUACUCAAUGGACUGCCAUGCAAGUCACCACGAAUGUUCCAGGAACCAACUCUAGGAGCAAAGCGAAGGCUACAGACUUUCCUCUCACGGCAAAAGUUGCCGCCGACCAAACAUGUACAGGAUCGAUGGGAGGACAAAGUGGUAUUUGUAUGGUCAGAUGCAACAACGCUGCCAACGCUGGACCGUUUGGUGGAUGCGUGCCCGUUCAGAUGGCUGGCGCUGGAAACGCAACCGCUGCUCCCGCCGCUAAACUUCGCAGAUCAUUCAUAGCCUAAGGCUGAUUGGAUUCUCGCGACCCUGGGAUCGUUAGGUAGAAGUGACGAUUUAGCUGUCUGUCAU